GUAAUCCUCCACCUAUCAGCCCUUCGAAGUUCGUACAGUGUUCCCACCAAGCUCUUUGCAGCCAUCAUCAUUUGACCGGAGAGCGUUAGACAGCGGAUUGCCAUGUGACAGCGUAGCGCGCAUUUGUUUACGCUUGUGAAACGGCUAUGGCGGUCGCACAUUCCUACGGUACGUCAGACGGCCCGAUGAGCUACCUCGGCAUCCCUGGAGCAGGUGCUUGAGCGAGCAGCAGAUGUUCGUUCACCACCACCACAGGUCCACUCCGCGUCCCUGCCAUUAAUUAGACUGUUAAAUAUAUCUCACCGAGCCCGCGCACUUUCGUGACAGCUUCAGCUUCGGACUCAUUCCGAUAAAUCCAGCAAGCAAGCAAGCAAGCAGCCAUGGCUAUCACAACGAUGACGCAGACGACUAUGAAGCCCCCGCCAAAGGAGUCAGUCACGAUCACCGACAACCGCACGGGCAAGACCAUCAUCGUGCCAAUCACCAACAACUCGAUUCCCGCGGUCGCCUUCAAAGCGCUCAAGACGACCCCCGCCAUCAGCAGUGACAGCAUCGACACCGAUGACACGGCGAACGGCAUCCGGGUCUUCGACCCGGCCUUCCUGAACACGGCCGCGAUCUCCAGCAAGAUCACCUUCAUCGACGGCGACCGCGGCUUCCUCAUGCACCGCGGCUACCCGAUCGAGCAGCUCGCCGAGAAAUCCGACUUCCUCGAGACCGCCUACCUGCUGAUCUACGGGCGCCUCCCAGACAAGAAGCAGGACAGCACGUGGCGCUACGAGGUGAUGCACCACACCGAGAUCUCCGAGGACGUGAAGAAGGUGAUCGGCAGCAUGCGAUACGACUCGCACCCGAUGUCAGUGUUCAUCUCCGCAUUCGCGGCUUUGGGCGCCUUCGCGCCCGAAGCCAACCCUGCACUGCAGGGGCGAAACCUGUACAUCCAGAACAAAGACGUGAUGAACAAGAACAUCAUCCGGAUCCUGGGGAAGGCGGGGACUGUGGCCGCGGCAUCGAUGCGGCUGCGCAUGAACCGCCCGCUGAUCCCGCCGCGCGCCGACUACUCCUACUGCGAGAACCUGCUGUACAUGAUGGACUCGCAGAGCGAGGCUGAGAACUACCGGCCCGACCCGCGGCUUGUGCGCGCCCUCGACAUCCUCUUCAUCCUCCACGCCGACCACGAGAUGAACUGCUCCACAGCGACGAUGACACACGUGGGCUCGUCGCUGGUGGACCCGUACUCCGCGAUUGCCGCGAGCGCCGCGGCGCUAUACGGCCCGCUGCACGGCGGCGCAAACGAGGCCGUCAUCCGCAUGGUCGAGAAAAUCGGCACGGUGGACAACGUCCUGCCGUUCCUGGAGAAGGUCAAGGCGAAGAAGGAGCUGCUGUUCGGCUUCGGCCACCGCGUCUACCGCAAUACCGAUCCGCGCUCCAAGAUCAUCCGCGAAGUUGCCGAGACCGUCUUUGAGGCGUGCGGCAGGGAGCCGCUGAUCGAGGUUGCUACUGCCCUACGUGACGCCGCGCUUAAGGACGACUUCUUCGUCUCCCGCAGGCUCUACCCUAACGUCGACUUCUGGAGCGGGCUGAUCUAUAAGGCGCUUGGCUUCCCGCUCGAUUUCUUUCCCAUCCUGUUUGCCGUCCCCCGUGUGGCCGGCUGGCUGGCCCACUGGAAGCAGAUGCUGGACCAUGGAAACGGCAAGAUCUGGAGGCCCAGACAGGUGUAUGUCGGUGAGGGAUUGAGGGACUAUGUUCCCAUCGAGAAGAGGGCCGAGAUUGAGGUCUCGAAGGAUCAGGAUGGUGUGCUGGAGUUGCCGCAUUACCAGACUAAAAGACGGCUGGGGGCGAAGUUGUAAAAUGGACAUGAACAUGCAGGCGGUGUAGGAUUACUUUGUAUUUCUUUUUUUCUCUUUUUUCUUCCGAAUGCUUUUCUUCGUUUCUUCAUUUCUUCGUGUAUUUGGAUAUCCAGGCUAUUUUUAUUUCUAUGGAGUACAAUUCGUAUCAUUACAGUGAGCCGCUCAAUGCUAUCACAUGUGCCAUCAAUCUUCACAAUCUUCAGUCUAUCGGCCAACCAAACCAGUCUCUCACCACCUCCGUUUCUUCUUCUUAUCCGGCUCCUCCUCUUCCUCCUCCUCCUC